AUGCACCCACCUGUUAGGGAGCAGCAUUUGCUUCUCUAUUUCACUUCAACUGAUAAGUUUAUUGGAGCCCUUCUUGCGCAAACAGUCGACGGGCAAGAACGACCAGUCUAUUAUCUCAGUCGCCUUGUACGCGAGGCUGAGGCUCCCUAUUCAGCCAUCGAGCGUCACUGCCUCGCCCUUUUUUUCGCUACACAGAAGUUUAGACAUUACUUCAUGGCUCAUCACAUCCAUUUGAUCACAAAGUGCGACCCGUAUCGACACGUCCUCUCUAAGCCAAUCAUCUUAGGGAAGGCGUCGCGAUGGCUUUUAGCUCUUUCAGAGUUUGACAUUACCUGUUAUGCACCGCAGGGUAUUAAGAGCCAAGCUUUAGCAUAUUUGCUCGUGUGGAGGGGCAGGCAUGUUCUCACCUCGCCAACUCAGCAGGUCACUGCGGCUGUCAAGCUGGCCUUUCGUUGUUCUAACAAUGAAGCUGAGUAUGAAACACUCAUUCUUAGCCUCCUCGCAGUCCUCGACAAAGGCAUCUCACGCUUAUGUGUAUGCGGGGAUUCCAAGUUGGUUGUUAAACAGGUAACGGAUGAGUAUGCUAUAAGCGAGCCUUCGUUCACAUCUUAUCGUACCAUUAUUCAAAAGCUCCUCAUGAGAUUCUCCUCCGUUCAUUUCUUACAUGUACCUCGUUCCAAUAACAAGUACCCAGAUGCCCUCGCCACAUUAGCUUCGAAGCUGACCAUUACAGAUGACAUGACUGAGAUCCGCAUCACAAAACGCAUUGGUCCAGUUACUAUCGCUGAGCUUUUCCUGGCCCAAAUUGUUUCGGACAAUGAUUGGCGAGCCCCAAUCAUUAGUCAGCUCAAACAGCGGACAGGGUCACUACCUCUCACACAAUUGAAAUCAUUCCAGCUCUUACAAGGACUGCUCUACUUCCACCUGCCAUGCGGAAUGUUAGCCAGAUGUUUGGGCCCUCGCGAUGCUGAGGCAGCUCUCAUACCAACUCACGAGCAGCAUUGUGCUACACCUUUGAUGUUGUACCGGCGACUCCAACGUUAG